CUCUCAUCGUCUGCGGCGCGCACAACAUAAAUAACAGCUGUAACGUCGUUCCUAACCUCAAGGAGCUCAGUCCCUUGAAUCGGUCGCAUUUCAUGAACUGUCAGUGUAAUUGUUAGCAAUCAUUAAUUAAUUUAUUUGUAUUGGAUUAAGUCGGUCAAGUGUCAGUGAGCUGUAACGAUGGUGAAAAUCAACACACGAUGGAAGACCGCGGAGGACUUUAAUAUUCUACGAGGAAGCAGUCUUGCGACAAAGGUCAAGUAUUUCUGGCGUAAAGGAUGGAUAGAGGUCCCAGUGCUAAUGGGAGGCUCGUUCUUCAUGGUAGCUGGAUUUGCCAUGACCGCUUAUGCAUGGCAUUACAGUGGCACACAUGAUAUGACUCCGAAAUAUUACAAAACUCCGAGAAUUUACAGACCGGACGAUCCACGAGUUCAGACGAUCCGUCAUGUCUCCUCAUUUGACGAGUUGUGAAUGAUAAUUUCCUUUAAUAGCAUUAUAUAUAUAUAUAUGUGAUACGCAGUUGUUACAUCCUAUUGUAGAAUUAUGAAUAAAUGUACAAAUUAUUAUACCAACUAA